AGCAUCUUGCAGUGUAAUCUCUUUAUCUCCGGGAGUAAGUGAGCCACCAGUACAGAGGCUGUUGGGUAAGGGUGAUGCGCACUGAGAAGCCCCCCAAAAGGCUGUUGCUUCGCUUACAGGACUCACACGAGGAUGGAGAGAGUUUUUGCGUAACGGUUGAAAUGUCCGACUUCCACAACCGGAGCCAAACCAGCGCACGUCGCAGUGACUAUGUGUGGCAGUAUGAAUAUUAUGACGACGAAGAGCCCGUGUCGUUCGAGGGACUCAAAGCGCACAGAUACUCCAUCGUCAUCGGCUUUUGGGUUGGACUCGCUGUGUUCGUGAUUUUCAUGUUCUUUGUUCUCACUCUGCUCACAAAGACAGGAGCGCCACAUCAAGAUAACCCAGACUCGGCUGAAAAGCGUCAUCGACCGGGAAGCUGUCUGGUAGACAUUGAUGGUCACCAGGAUGAAAAUGACAAAGCCUUCUCACGUCCGUUGCUAGCAGGAUCCCGUUCAUAUUUUAAUUUCUACAUCAAUGAGGAAGACAAGGGUCACGGGAAGCAAAAAGCAGAAGAAAAGAGAGCUGGAAAGCACACCGGGGCCCGAGUCGAGGGAACCUUCAACCGGAACAGAGGUGUCAGCUCCUCUGGGAUGGACGAGAUGGAAGAAGACAUUGAGGAGGCUGGGGUCCACCAACAGCUUACUGGACUAAUAGAACAGAGCAAGACAGACAGAGAGUGCACCUUUCUUUCUCACUUCAACAUCCCCAACUUUGUCAACUUGGAUCACAGUUCAACUCUUGGAGAGGAUGAUCUGCUAUAUGAGCCCUCAGUCAUACUAGAGCGUCAGUCUAAAUCUCACGAUGCUCACUUUGACAUCCACUAAGGCUCGUCUUGCAGAUAAGCAUGGUUAUAGUGAUAUCAUAACACCAUCUGCUUUUUUAGAGGGUCAUUUAUGAACUAACAAUGGGAAAUAUACUCAUCACUAAGCUGCUGUGUAUGAAGUUUUGUUUUUUUUGUUUUUUUACAGCCAACAACCAAGAGGGCACAAAACCUAGCUGACAGCUCAAUAUUCAGUGCAACUCAAAGUUAUAAGAUGAUAACUCUUCCUGAAGUUGAAAUUGCCUCAGAAGAGAUACUUGUUAUUUUGAGUAUAGGCUCUGGAAAUGGACGCAGCUGUGCUGUACCUGGAUGAGAUGACAUUUUCACACAGGAACAGAAAAAAACGAAAGAGUGCCAGGUUCACAAGGGAGAUUUUUUUAGUAGUUCUGUAGAAUUCAUUAUGCUGUUAUUGCUGUCUCGUUUUCCUUGUAGAAUUUUGAAUGCUGGGCGUUAUCUUUUAAAAACGAAAUAAAUGCCAGCUUGUCUACCAACAAAUUUAAAAACUGUGAAUUAAUCAAUUUUUGUCCUAAGAUUAAGUGUUUAGAAAAGGUGAAGUGUAAUUGUGUGUAGCAAACGGUGUAAUUAGUAGUACGAAAUCAAAUAUAUCAGAAUAGGGACUCGCAGGAGAAAAUACGCAGCGCUUUUGUAG